UCAGUGUAGGGCUGCUACAGUAGCCUAGGCUAGUUGGCGCGUCGUGUUAUUCUGCUGACUAAUAAACAUAGGCCUAUGUGACAUUCCUACUUCUUUACAAUAAUCAAAAAGCAAACUUGCACGUUUUCAACAGAUUUUUCCCUAUGCUUGUGAUCAGCAAACGAGUAGUCUACACUGAACGAUAAAAUCGAAAAAUGUUAAAUCGAUGCAUACCUUACUGCAGAGAAAUCUAAAGAGCGAAGCAUAUAGCCUACUCAACAUAUUAUGCUUUGAUGUUUUUUUUUUUUUUGACCUACUCGUGUAGGUAGCCUAUUAACUAGCUUUGACUUCUCUACAUUCUGUGUUUAAAACAUUUUACCAGGUUAUUCUCGACUACGCGCACCACUUCAUCUGGGGCUGCCCUCUGAAACUGUCCAGUAAUUUUCCUCGUAGCAUGUUCAGAUGUUACGUCAUAGGAAGGGUGGUGGUUCAGGCAAGAAAUUCAGGUGAGACUCAGUGCGCACACGCAUCCCAAGGCGACAUAACGGAGUGUCUCUCUGGUACAACACAAGGGUCUGUUGUAUGUGCCACGUUACGCAUCGGCGCCGGCGGUUAGGCUUGUUGGGCAGCCUACAAUAAUCUUUAACGUCGCUUUAAAGCUAGGGCUUGGGGAAAAAGGGAAGUUGUGUAGGUCCUCAACCAGGUUUUGAGAGGAUCAUCAUGUUUAGUUGGGCUUCCAAGGAGCAAGGAGGACGAAACAAGGAGGGAGACAUGUUUCAAACUGUGACAGAGGGUCUUCAAAGCCUUUACACCAGAAAAUUACUACCCCUUGAAGAAACCUACCUUUUCCAUGACUUCCACUCGCCUGCACUGGAGGACGCGGAUUUUCAGAGUAAACCUAUGGUGUUACUCGUGGGACAAUACUCAACCGGGAAGACCUCAUUCAUAAGGUAUCUGCUGGAGCAGGACUUUCCUGGCAUGAGGAUUGGACCAGAGCCCACCACCGAUGGCUUCAUUGCCGUCAUGUACGGGGAGAACGAGGGUGUCAUCCCGGGUAAUGCCCUGGUCGUGGACCCCAAGAAGCCAUUCCGCAAACUCAAUGCCUUUGGAAACGCCUUCCUCAACAGGUUAAUCUGUUCCCAGAUGCCCAAUCAGGUGCUCCAGAGCAUCAGCAUCAUCGACACACCAGGCAUCCUGUCAGGAGAGAAACAGCGCAUCAGCAGAGGCUACGACUUCUCCGAGGUGCUGCGCUGGUUCGGAGAGCGCGUAGACCGCAUCAUCCUGCUCUUUGACGCGCACAAGCUGGACAUCUCCGACGAGUUCUCCGAGGCCAUCAAGGCGCUGCGCGGCCAGGACGACAAGAUCCGCGUGGUGCUCAACAAGGCCGACCAGGUGGACACGCAGCAGCUGAUGCGCGUCUACGGCGCCCUCAUGUGGUCGCUGGGCAAGGUGAUCAACACGCCCGAGGUGGUGCGCGUCUACCUGGGCUCCUUCUGGGCCAAGCCGCUCCAGAACACUGACAACCGGCGCCUGUUCGAGGCCGAGACACAGGACCUGUUCCGCGACAUCCAGAGCCUGCCGCGGAACGCCGCCCUGCGGAAGCUCAACGACCUCAUCAAGAGAGCCCGUCUGGCCAAGGUGCACGCCUACAUCAUCAGUUACCUGAAGAAGGAGAUGCCGUCGCUCUUUGGGAAGGAGAAGAAGAAGGAGGAGCUGAUCGCUCGUCUGCCCGAGAUCUACCUCCUGCUCCAGAGGGAGUACCACAUCUCGCCCGGAGACUUCCCCAACGUCACCAAGAUGCAGGAGCAGCUCCAGCACUACGACUUCAGCAAGUUCCCGUCGCUGAAGAUCAAGCUGGUCGAGUCUGUGGACAAGAUGCUGAGCAACAAGAUCUCGGGCCUGAUGACGCUCAUCCGUGAGGAGGAGAGCAAGCAUCCGGCCAAGAUAGUGUCAGGCGGCGCCUUCCAGGGCUCCGAGGACAGUCCGUUCGGCCGCGGCUAUGGUGAGGGCAUCAGUGCUGGUGCCGACGCCGAUGAAUGGAUCGUCCACCGCGACAAGCCGCGCUACGACGAGAUCUUCUACACGCUCAUGCCCAUCAAUGGCAAGGUGACGGGCGUUAACGCCAAGAAGGAGAUGAUGAACUCGCGCCUGCCCAACACGGUGCUCGGAAAGAUCUGGAAGCUGGCUGACUGCGACCACGACGGCAUGCUGGAUGACGAGGAGUUUGCUCUGGCACAGCAUCUCAUCAAGGUCAAGCUGGAGGGCUACGAGCUGCCCAAUGAGCUGCCCGAGCACCUGGUGCCGCCCUCGCACCGCAAGGACCCCACCGCCGACACCCUGUAUAACCACCAGGAGGACUGAUGCAUGCUGGGUCGGCAGAACCGAGAGACUCUUCUUGGCCCAUAGCCUUCACAGCCUCUGCACUGUGGAACUGUUCACUUAUCAUUGUUUAUUUUAUAUAGGUCAAAUGCAGUUGAUUUUAUGUAGUAUCUAUUUUUCUUUUGCUCCUUUUUGUAUACUGUUACUGUAGAAAGUGAUAUUUUUACAUCUGUCACAAUUGCUCGCUGGAUGUGGUGCGUUACUGAAGGUGAUUAGGCAGAUCGGCUCAACAGAUGCCCCCGGGCAGUGUGCUGGCCCUGGUCUGGUGAUGGUGAUAUUUGCCUUUCCUCUCUGAACUCUGAGCUCGUUCGAAGAGCCAACCAAAUGCUUCAGAAGCUUCCCAGGCCAGACUGGGUGCAGUCUUAGAGCGUUAUUUGAGUGGAGAACACAACCUCAUGACUCCUAGAGUUUGUUCUUGCAUUGUGUCAGGCAGGGCAGAGCUGUGUGAGCCCUGUGUCAUAAGACAUGCUGCAGCUCCAGAGGCUUGCUACUUUGGCCUGCAUUCAUUUCAGUUUUAAAUGACGAUACAUGUCAUACAUUAAGUAAUAGAUAAUAUAUUAGUAAUUAAUACUAAAUAUAUAUCAGUUAAAAAAUACUUUGUUUAUAUUUUGCUGUUUAGCAUUCCAUUGUUAAAUGUCCCUCUGAAAUGGUCAAUUUCAUGUAACAAAAUAGAUGACAGACACAACACUUUAGUGCACUCAUUGUAGUUUACACAUUUGCCUUAGUCCGUUGCUCUAAUUUCAUUCCAAAGCAAAUUCUGCAGUAAAAACCAAAGACAGAGAAAAAAUUACAAAAAUUGUUGUUACAAAAGUCAGAAAUGUUGUUACAAAAAUUGUUGUUACUAAAGACAGGGAUUUGUUGUUACAAACACAAGGCUGAAUAAGAACAUUUUAUUUCAUUCUAACAAAAGAUAUUUCAAAGGUCAAUUGCAGUCAUUUCUUCAUUUUGUACUUAAUUGACGCCUAAAUACAUUAUGUAUAUAAAUUAUAUGAUUAGUAAAUAUAUACAUUUGGUAAUGUAUGAAUUUUAAGAUUAAAUUUGUCAUUCUCUCCUUUGGUCAUUCAUGGGGGAGUGCUGGUCAACCAGACGCCCCACUGGGUGUCUCAUUUCCUGUACAGAAAAUUGCUGACAGUUUAAGAUUUAUAAGGAAACUGAAGUUCCACUUCCAUGUUCUAGGAAAGAAAACACAGACCUGCUCUAAUACAGACAUGAGCCUUUUUGUUUACUUUGUGAGAUUUUUUUUUCUCUUUCAGUUCUUUUAAUACAACUCUCAUUUCUUGAACAAGUUAGACGUCAUACUACAGGCGAUGGGCUCAAUUUAGUUAAACUCCUCUUAAAAAUAACUCACAAAAAGAAUGCUUUGAACCCUUCGCUGUGUGACGUGACGACCUGAGACAAGCUCAGAGCUGACUUAGAGAUGUGACGUAUAUAAAGGGAAAAGGUUUAUCUCCCCUCUAGCACUGUGACUGAGACCCCAAGCACUUUCAGUAACACCUUCACACAUGUGCAUCUACUCUGCUGUUGCCAAAGUUAUAAGUGUGUUAUAAGCCCUGGGUGUUAUAUGUAAUAUUCACACUCUCUCACUUUCUCUCUCUCUGUCUCUCACACACACACACACACACACCAACCACACUUUCCUGAGGCAUGUGUUUAUGAAGGGAAGUGCACUGUCCCCUGAACACACAUCCAUAUAUCUGCCUUAAAACCCUUCUCUAAAAACUGCUGACAUUGAUUAGAUUUAGGCCGGUGGUGGUCUUAGCUACAUUCAAUUGUGUGACCUGACCCUUAAACCUUAAAUCUGUUCUUAUGUGUGCCUUGAAAUCACACAGCGUGCUUAUUUGGCAGCUUUCACAUGUAAAGGAUUUUGUGUCUUAUGUGUUUGGUGGGCCUGUUUUUAAAGCAGUCAUCUCAAUGAAGGGCGCUGCAUGUAGGCUACUAUUGUUUCUUAUAACUAGUUAGUACCAUUCAAAUGCUAUGAGUUGGUGCAGUUUAUCCAUUCCUGUAAUCUUGUUCACUAUUUUUUUUUUUUUUUGAGAAUCUGUCAUGGAGUUGUUCUGCCGAUAACAGCCUUAAGAAAGGGAGACGGCUUCUGUCCUCUGUCAACCUUUCUGGAACAUGGACUGUUGUGAUUAUGAAUGUAUGAAUAUUUUUCCUUCUAACAAAUUGUAUUUGAUGUCAGUGCCCGUUAAACAGGGUUACAGAAUGUGGAUAGUAAAUAUGUGAAAUAAUAAA